ACAUUUGAGCCAGGGGUCUGAGUUUCGAAACCUGGACUUUUCAUUUUUCUCAAAAAAUUUUUGGUUACCUUCUUCAUCAACCUGAAACUGCAACCACCAUGGAUCAGGACGGGCCUUCUUCUGGCCGCCGAAAGGUUCGGUUUGCUCCUAAAGCUCCUCAAUCUUCAAGAAGGCUCAAAACCACUGUUUCCAAAUCCGAAGUGAAUGAUGAAGAUGGAGAAGCUGCUCAAGCGCAGUAUCUUCUUGGACGUUUCAACGAGAAUCAAACGCGACAAAGGCCUAAAGUUGAAAAGAAAUCUUCCGCGCAAAUUUCUUUUGGUCCUGGAGCCCCCUCAUCAAAUUUAUUGAGUGCAUAUGGUAGUCAAAGGGGUGGGACUUCUGGUAAAAGUACUGACUCAAGGCAGAGAAGUCCUGAUGAUAAUGAUGGGCAAAUCAUUGGUUCUUUCCCUUCAGCUUCCAAAGAAGAUAGGACAGAUAUAUGUUCUUCAGAUGCCAUUGAAGCAUCAGCACCAAAAAUAAAGAGAGAAUACCGUGAACCAUGGGUAAAAGUUUGCUCAUUGUUUGUGUGUUUAAGACCGAGUGCACAUUUGUGUGCAAUUCCUCUGAUACUGCUGAGUUCCAUGAUCGCAUUGCAGGAUUACCAUCACACUUACUAUCCUAUUACCCUUCCUCUGAGGAGACCUUACUCUGGUGACCCUGAACUUCUUGAUCAGGCAGAAUUUGUAGAGGCUGCUAGAAAGGAGUAUGAUGAGAAAACUAUUAAUCCUGCUUCAGAUCUUGGGCUACUGGAGGAAGGUGAGAAAGGAAAGAUGUUUUUCUUUCAGCUUCCCGCUAAUCUUCCUGUAAUUAAGCGAUUGGCUAGCACAAAGGGGAAAGAAAAAGCUGAGAAUUUAGGAUCAUCAGAAAGGUUUGGUGCUUUAAAGAAAGGCUGCCAGUUGGAAGAGUUGCCCGGGGGAUUUAUGGGGAAGAUGUUGGUUUACAAGAGUGGAGCAGUCAAAUUGAAGCUGGGAGAAACACUAUAUGAUGUAUCACCUGGUUCAGAUUGUAUAUUUGCUCAGGAUGUUGCAGCAGUCAACACCACAGAGAAACACUGUUGUGUCAUCGGAGAGCUUGGAAAACGGGUAGUUGUCACUCCACAUAUUAGUUCUGUCCUAAAUUCUGUGAUUGACCUGGGCUGAGAGCAAAACAGCUAACAAUGACGUAAACAGAGCAUAGCAUGUUGGAGUUGUACGUAGAAGGGAAAUAUCUGAAGCAUGUUUUCGUAUAUAUGUAGCUAGAAUUGUACAGCGAUGCCAACAGGGUAGCAUGUCAAACUACUUUGUAGAUGUGCUUGGGAUGUAAUCCUUGACCUAUAUUUUUUUUUCUUAAUCAAAGAUUAGCUUUUGGGACCAAAAACAGAAGAGACAAAAGCUCCUUUUUUUUUUUCUUA